GUUUAUAAACCAAGCUUCGCGCACCGAAAAUCUCUAAAAAUAGAAGGAAGCCCUAUCUGAUCUCAGUCGCCGGAAACCUCUUCCGGCGAGGAGAGGUGAGUUUCAUUACAGCAAGCUCAGAAACCAGCGAUUUCCUCCUUCAACCUCCCCGCUGCUCCUCCGAAUAGCUUCUCGAGAAGCAGAGCUGAAGAAAACGCAGAUUUGAUUUCUUGAAGUCGCUCAAUCUCCGAUCAUGGCCGAUAAAUUCAACGGCAGCUCGUUUUCCGAUCACGCGCAGCUCAAGAUUCCUGCCGGAGAUUCUCCAUAUGUGAAGGCUAAGCACGCUCAGUUGGUGGAGAAGGAUCCAAACAAAGCUGUUGCAUUAUUUUGGUUUGCAAUAAACUCUGCUGAUAGAGUAGACAGUGCUCUGAAAGACAUGGCCGUAGUGAUGAAACAAUUGAAUCGUGCAGAAGAAGCUAUUGAGGCCAUAAAAUCUUUUCGGGGACUUUGCUCUGUAAAAGCACAAGAACCUCUCGAUAAUGUUCUUCUUGAUCUCUACAAGAAAUGUGGAAGGGUUACUGAACAAAUUGAUCUACUCAACCACAAGUUGAAGAUUAUUGAUGAGGGGGCUGCUUUUGGUGGGAAGAUAAUGAAAACUGCAAGGUCGCGAGGGAAAAAAUUCCAUGUAUCCGUUGAGCAAGAAAAAUCCAGGCUGUUAGGGAAUCUUGCCUGGGCUUACAUGCAAUGUGAAAAUUACAAAGAAGCCGAACCGCUUUAUCGGAAAGCUCUGGAAAUAGAGAAAGAUUACAAUAAGAUGUGCAACUUAGCUAUCUGCUUGAUGCAGACAGGAAGACUUGCAGAAGCUAAAAUUCUCGUCUCAGAAGUAAGAAGACCUGCUGAUUACUGUAAUGGAGAAUCGUAUCAUAAAUCCUUUGACAGAGCAUGGGAAAUGAUGAAUGGAUCAGUGCAGCAGCAAAACUCCUCCAGUAAUGAGAAAACCAACACAGAUCAUGGAGAAGCUUUCUUUUCACCUGCGUCUGUAAGAGUGACUUCAAAUUCCAAGCCUUUGAUGACAUCAGAGAGCACAAUUGAAAGGAAAGAAAGAGAUAGUGGGAUAGAAAAUUUGGUGAUCAGGCUUGACAUCCAGAUGCGCAGAGCGGAGAGAGAGGCAUUUGUUUUCAACUGCAAGAAAGUUGCUCCGUUGACCUCAAAAGAUCAAAACUUGAACAGCUCAAACCUUUCUACUGAAGGAUUUCAACAGGAAAAAGGAGACGAGGGAGCUCAGAUUUGUUUUGAAAGUCUUGAUUUGAGCUUAGGCAAAACCAAGAAAAAGACUUGGGCGGAUAUGGUGGAGGAUGACGAGCAAUCAGCCUGUGAAAACGCUGAGAUCGGCAUUAGUUCGCUAAAAUUCGCAGGAAGAUCUUGGGCUGACGUUGCAGAGGAGGAAGAUAAGUCAGAAAAAUUGAAUUUUGAAUUUGGAAGCAAGACACCUACUUCUUCCGGUAAAAAGCUUAACAGGAACGAGACUCAGAAGCGAACGCUGAACUCUAGUAAUACGAAAAAUCGAAGUAGCGGGUGCAAGGAAUUGCGCGGGAGGUGGCGAGGAAUGGCGAAGAAUGACGAAGGGGAACGGAGAUCAUCAUCUUCUUUGAAGAGUUGUGUGGAUUCAGAUUACUUCUCUGGGAUGGGAGGAAGGUAUGGCUAUGUGAAGCAGCCUAAUAGGCUUCAAGUUUUCCAGGAACUCACUCCACGAGAUGCAAAAGCCUGAAAAGUUUGAUGACAAUAUGAUCAGUUUAACCUUGUUUUUCUUUUCAAUUCAAUGAUUUUGGACUUUUUUGAAAGGAGGAACAGAGAGUGAUUAAUCCGUUUUAUGUAUAAAUUUACAUACUUAC